CUUACCUUCUCGAUCUCUCCAUUCAUCAACUCCUUGGUGGCAAUACGAUGGGCUGCCCAGAUUGGUGUUGCGGCAUUAUGUGCCCCCAAGCAGCAACGGAAGAGACAUUCUCGCGAGCGAAACUUCGAUGCUUUGUAUAGGAGGAUAACCAUAGACGUGCACCUUCGAACGAGGCCUCCGGUGUUAGGAGUUCGGCCCCAGAAUACGCACCGCAGGAGGCAUGCGGUACAGACUCUAUCAUUUCCGACUGUUUGCAGAUUUCUGGAUGCUGCCCAAGGAUGAGGGUAUAGAUAAGACACGGCUAGUGAGAGUGACUGAAGGCAUGAGAGAAGGGAAUCUUUGGUUUCCUGGAGAUGAGGAGCUUGUGGCGCAGGCCACAACUGAUUGGAAAGUCGAUUCAUCACAUUCAGAAAAUGCACUCGGGAAGCAAGCUGAAGAAAAAGCAGUUCAUCCUGAUUUGCACAUUCGAGACACCGAUGUGUCUGAUGCAGUGAGAAACUUGGCAGAGUCUGGGAAAUCCUUCGCGUUAGCUGGGACUCCAUCUACGGACGACAUUGAAACGAAAUCCGAGUAUGUGUGCCGCAUCACUGGGUUCUGCGAGAGGAAGAAAGAUAUUCUGAGCAUAACAGUUCUUAGCCAGAAGAAUAUUGCCUUGGUGUUCUGCUACCUGCAUCGACAUUGACUGCAUAGGCCUACCUUGUCUAGAAACCAACUCGACAUCGAAGCACUGUUGGCCCGAGUAGCAUACUGCAAAUACUAAGCCUAUUGGCUAGUCGAUAAUGUUUGCACCUGGAUAUGGAGUUACGAAUUUCAUAAUUCGCAAUACAAGUUCCAAUUGCCACAAAAGAGUCCAUUCGUCUAUGUACAAGUACCCCGUUUUAUCCAGGACGAAGCGCAUCGCAUGCAGACACGUACCAUGCCCC